UUACCCGCACGUGUCAUUAGGCGCUCCCUCGCAGUCUGUUAAAAGGCUAUAGGGCGGGCGAUCUUUGUAUCAUCCACCAUCUGUUCCACGUGUCCAUCACGAUCCACUUGUUCCAUGUGCCGCGUGAUUCAUUAAUAGGCCCGUGUGCCCAUCGUAUAACGCGCCGUGAUAUUCCGGUGGGUGUUUGCCGUACGUUCGUAGAUGCGUGCCGCGUCCACGUCCACGGUUCGAUCUGGCCGCGUGUUCUAUUGCGAUCGUUUCCAGCGUGCAGUCGUGUUCGUAAGUCGCGCGUCAUAAACAUUGUCCACGCGUAUCGUAGCUCGGUUCACCCAGUGUGCCAUCUUCAGAACGCGUAAUGUAUCCCUCGUGUUCAUGUACUCGUAACGAUCCGUCGUCUAACUCGGAUCGUGUGUUCGUUCCAAAGUUAUGUGUCCGUCUUAACCCCACAUGUUAUAUACAUGCAUUAUUCAAUUAAUGAUAUGCUGAAUGCGCAAAGUAGAGUCUCGUCCUCAUGAUCACCCAUCCCGUGUGGCCACCACGAUCCAGUCAACGAUUAUUCUUGUGGAUGAAUUAAUAAGCGACGUCAAUCAUGAUCGUCAUCAUUGUUAUGCACGUGUCAUGUGAUCCAUUCCAUAUUGUCCUACCGAUUAAUCAUGCAUAAGCCCGACAGUAUAUCGGAUCCUGAAUUAUUGUUAUUUUAUCCAUCGUGACACAAUUAAGCAUGUUAUCGUUAUACAUGCGCCACUUGUUAAUCGUCCCAGACCAUCAUCGGCGAAAGGAUAACGUACAGUACUUUAUGCACGGGAUAAGUGGUAUAUUUGGCUCGAAAAAGAUUCCUUUCAUACACGCUACACACUUCACCCACCAUCAAUGAAUUGUAAAAUAAAUGUAGUGGCCAUCUGUACUCGAGAGCGAUUUCAAGACCUGCAUUUUAACAUGUAUGUUCCACAUCACUAGGCUCCCAUCUGCUUACACAAUGGCCAUGAUUUCAUCAUUCGCAGUUUUCCCUGCAAGGGUUUACAUUGAUCCAGACACACUUUCGGGAAAAUGGCAUCGUGGCAAUGGGCUUUUAAUCACAGUAUUGAGAAUACUUUGCCUAAUGUGGCUGUAUAUCAUCAUCCUUGUCACAAAUGGCAUCAUCUUUAGCCAUUAAUCCACUGCCAGAUAAAAGUCAUCCCAUGCUCCACCACCAGCCAGCCACCUCUUCCCCGCAGUGCUGCUGAAAUCAACUUAAGGCCACGUCACUUAAUAUCGUAAGCAAUACCGCAGUGUGUAUUCAUGUGCAAUCUCCUGUAUGUGUAUAUAUAUACAGUACACGUGUACCAGGUUUAUUUUAACAGUCCAUUGAGGAAAGUCUUUUGAAAACAAGGUUUGAGAAAUGAUCACUGCCCAUGCCUUCUGCACCCACCUAUGACAUAUGCCUUUAAUUACCCAUCCAGCCCCUUGUCUCUUAUUUCAGAACUUUUAAUCAGCAUCUGCCCCUUCCAUCAGCUCAUUCGCGAUGUAGCUGAUGAAUUUCCACCAUGGUUCUCUUUAGCCAGUACAUUAGUACUGCUUUACAGGUCUGCAAGCGACACUACCUUUGAGGGCAACACAGCCCUGCUGCUUUGGAUAGAACGGGAUGUACAGUAAUGCUCUCUUGAUGUGUCCUUCAAUGAGCCUUGACGCAGGGUGAAGCCGUCCAUGUGUCUGCAGUGGGCUGAGCGAAUGUUUUCAUUCUCACCACGGCGCAGAAAUUACGGGAAGAAGAAGCGGCGGCGUGCAGAUCGUGCGUUCCACGCCUCACAAACUCCCCGACCGUGAUAGUCAUGGUUGGGCUGCCUGCCCGUGGCAAGACCUACAUGUCCAAGAAGCUGUCGCGCUACCUCAACUGGGUUGGCAUUCCCACUAAAGCGUUCAAUGUUGGGCAGUACCGUAGAGAAGCCACGCAGCUCUACAAAUCGUACCAGUUCUUCCGGCCAGACAAUGAGGAAGCCAUGAAGAUCAGGAGACAUUGUGCCCUAGUUGCCUUGGAAGACCUCCACAAGUACCUGAAGGACGAAGGCGGGCAAGUUGCGGUGUUUGAUGCCACAAAUACGACACGCGAGCGCAGGGAGCUCAUCACCAACUUUUGCAACGAGAACUCCUACAAGGUGUUCUUCGUGGAGUCCCUAUGUGACGACCCUGACGUCAUUGCCACCAGCAUUACCGAGGUGAAGGUGAGCAGCCCCGACUACAAGGACUGCAACAAGGACGACGCCACUGUGGACUUCCUGAAGCGUAUCGAGUGCUACAAGGAGACGUACCAGCCUCUGGACGAUACCUGGGAUAGGGAGAUGUCGUACAUCAAGAUCUUCAACGUGGGCCGAGGCUUCCUGGUGAACCACGUGCAGGACCACGUGCAGAGCCGCAUCGUCUACUACCUGAUGAACAUCCACGUGCAGCCGCGCUCCAUCUACCUGUGCCGGCACGGGGAGUCAGAGCUCAACCUCAAGGGCCGCAUCGGGGGCGACCUGGGACUGGCCGAUCGCGGCAAGCAGUUCGCCAACGCGCUGAGCGCCUUCCUUUCGGAACAAAACAUCAAGGACUUGAAGGUGUGGACGAGCCAAAUGAAGAGGACCAUCCAGACAGCCGAGGCUCUGAACACUACCUAUGAGCAGUGGAAAGCUCUCAAUGAGAUUGACGCCGGAGUGUGCGAGGAGAUGACAUACGAGGAGAUUCAGUCAUCGUAUCCCGACGAAUUCGCCAUGCGUGACCAAGACAAGUUCCACUACCGCUACCCCAAGGGGGAGUCGUAUCAGGAUGUGGUCCACCGGCUGGAGCCGGUCAUCAUGGAGCUGGAGCGGCAGGAGAACGUGCUGGUCGUGUGCCACCAGGCCGUGAUGCGCUGCCUGCUCGCGUACUUCCUCGACAAAUCCUCCGCUGAGCUUCCUUACCUGGAGUGUCCACUCCACACUGUGCUCAAGCUGACGCCAAUAGCCUAUGGUUGUCGAGUGGAGUCGUUUUUUCUCAACGUGGAGGCUGUGAACACGCACAGGGAAAAACCAGAGAACGUGAGCGUCUCGCGCAAGUCAUCAGAGGCUCUCAAGACGGUGCCGGCGCACGAAUGAGGGAGCGGCCCACUGCCGGCCACCAGGGACUGUGCCACCACCCCUUCCCCUCCCUCCCCCAGCAGCAGCCGCCCCUCCCGCCAGCUGGACCCUGCUGUCCAUCUCGCCCCCGCCGUCUCUUUCGCCUUCUCAAAAGUGCAGUUCUCUUUUGUCCAGCUGGACCGCAGCCAUGGGGCGUCGCAGCCAGAUUUGAACGUCGUGCGAGGACUUAAUUUACAACGUUCACAAAGGGUUCUUGAUUCUUCAUUAAAACGCCACUUGUGUGUUUUUAUUAAUACUUUUAUACCACUGGAAGGAAAUUACUUUUGCACAUGAUUAAGAACAAAUUUUUGUUUUGGUCCGCAUUGAAAUAUGGCACAGAUUAAAUUAGAUGUUUUGAGUGUAUAUAGGGUCUAUGUGGGUAAUUAUUUCUAUUGUCUUAGACUACUUUGUCAGUACGUGUGGCCACAUGUUCACAGCCAAAUUGAACAUGUGAUUGUGCCAUUUCCAGGGUAAAAGUGUGAGAGGUGUGUGGAUUUCAUCUAGUGUUGCUCCCGUGACAUUUCAUUGAUCAUGGGGUUUUGUGGUUGCUAGUGCUGAAGAUAAAGACAUUUUAGAACCGUAUUCCUCGACAUUAAUUCUUGAAGCUGGUACAGGGUCUCCUGCCAAGUCUAAAUUUGUGUCAGAUUUAAUACAUACUCACACAUACUAUAAUGCAUAGUCUUGUAUCAAUCCAUUGGGGAAUAAACGCCUCCCCAUGCAAUUCGGCAGGAAUGGGGGUUGUUUUAUGACUGUACUUCACGCUGGUCAGUGCGGAUUUGGUCAAGAUGGGUGUUCAGGAUCGGUUCAGAUAUCACUCGUCACUGGUAUUAGCCAUGGCUGGGAAUUGAACUCAGGUUUCUUAUGAAUGCUCUUAUAUGUCGGCAUGAUUGGUGUGCCCACGCUCCCUAGUCAUGACGUCUCUAUCUCUGUGUAGGAUUUUGCACGUGGCCCUUCAAAAUUCCAGUGACUGCGUUUAGCCAAAGGGCUUCCGGAUUAAGUAGAUUUGAGUUUGUUGGAUUGGUUAGGUCUUGUACCAGAAAAAUGAGUUUAUGCCUCAUGAGUUGGUCCUAAAUCUGGCAACUGUUUAUCUAAAAAAAACUUUAAUAUUACGAGUACUUGCAUGCAUGGUGAUUUGACAGCGAUUAGAAUGUUUUUUUUUAAAGAUCCUGCGGUUUAUGUUCUGGUGCUGCUGGCUGCACUGAAGUGUAUGCUGUGACAGGGGAUAGAGGCAGAAGCCAGAGAAGAUUUCAUUUCUGCUUGAAAACUACUAAUCUAUGCACACAAGUCAUUAAAUGACCAAUGCCCUAAAAAAACACAUCUGCAAAUUUGCGUGAAAUAGUGUUUAUACAAUGUGCUGAAUGAGCUAUACUGCACAGUAUACAAAUUAUUUUCAAUGUACAUAUACGGAUGUAUGUAUAUGAGUAUGAGCGGCCAUUAUCACCUGUGGACAUUCUCAAUCCACUACAGUUGUCCCAUAAUGCUAGAUUUAAACUGUUAAUUGUAAUAAUCUACAGGACUUUCUCAAUCGCCUGCUGGAUAAAGGCCUCCCCAUGCCGUAUCGGUUCAUUGCCGUUUUGUUUGACCAUACUUCUGCACACUGACCACGCUGCUGGUCAGUGUGGGUUGGUGUGUGUGGGGGGUGGGUCCAGGACCAGUUCAGAUGUCGGUCGCCACUCACAUUAGUAGCAGCCGGGAAUGGAACGCGCGUCGCCAGCUUCAGAACGCAGUGCGGCUAAACCACUGCGCAAACACAGUUAACAUUAUCUGAUGCGAAAUACGCCUGUUGACUUUUACAAAAAUCGGCGACAUCGGUACAGUUGAUGGUUACUAUUCACUCUUUCCUUUAAUGUGAAAAUACACAGAACGUCUGUCUGAUUUCAUUGGCAUUUUCACAAGGGCAGUGUCACUGUGGCGUUGAGCCAUGACAUUGCUGUUGUACCUUACGAUUUUGUGAUAAAACGCCGCUAUCCCCAACGCUGAUCAAGGCAGGCUCAGGUUAUACAUAAAAUAAUGUAUGACGUUUGAAUUUCAGGGUUUCUGUGCAACAGAAUUUUUUUUAUAUAUAUUAGCUAAGGUUAGUAUAGAGCGGGUUAUUUGUAGUUGUCUAUUGCAUAGCCUUUGUGUUUGGUGUACAAAAUGUGAUAAUUGAGUCUGUAAAUUGAGUGUAAGUGAUGUGAUUUGACUUUAAAUCAGCUGUUAAUAUGCGUAUCAUUAGUGCUGGGAAAGGAAAUUGUGGUGUAAGUGGUGUAAAUUGUCUCAAACAUUUAAUAGAAAAUAAGACUUUCGAUUUGACUGCGUUACAAAUCUUUUUGAGACGGUCUCUGUAAGAAUGACGCAGGCAAACCAAACAUUACAUUGAAGACUGCAAACAUGGGCUACCUUCAGAAAACCUUUGUGCCCAUGCGUAUUUGUGAGGGUUUUUUUUUAUCAGCUUCACAGUGCCUGCUGCAUUCGCACAUAUAACUUGCUUGUUGUCAUCGUAAUCCGCAACCAAAACCUGUUUCUUGCAGGGUUGGGGUGUGCGUUUUGAGGCCACACUGUGAUCGUAUGCGAGAUGCAAUUCGUUUGUUUAGUUAAAGUUAUUUGCGAAAUGCUUAUUUGGAUAUUUGGGAUAAAAAGUCAUCCCCGGACGGUAGUGGGCAUCUUGGUUGGAAGUCGAGGUUGGUUGUUGAAUUUUAAUCGAACUACCUCUUCUGUAAUCUAAGAAGCAAUAACAUGAAGAUAAAUACUUGCCAAUUGUGUUAGGAGUCUUGAUCGGAACGGACAUCUGCCACUGCAGGAUAAGAUCAUUUCUUCUUAGGUUGGAAAGUCUCGCAAACUGUCAAGUUUGUAUUGUUAGGCCCCAACAGCUGUAACACACGAAGAAAACCAAUUCCCUAAAUUGAUUCAAUUGAUGUGUGUCCAUUGUACAAGUCGUAUCCAUGUGCAAGAUUACAACAUUGGUAGAAAUGAGGUUUAGUUUUUUUUUAAUCUAAGGGGUUGGUAAAAAGUAUUGGGAAAUCGGAGAAGGGAAAUGUGAUGGUACAUUGGAUUUUAAUUCUUGAAGCUUGGGCUUGCAAGAAACUUGUGAAGUGGUGAAUUUUAUGUUUCAAUCUAACUUAAGUGUAGCAUUUAUUGUAAUAACUAACCACGUCUUUAAUUUUCAUUUUAAACCACUUACCAAAACAGCUGAAUGUAGGAUAUAACGUUAUUUAUAAACAGCCACAAUUGGCAAAAAAAAAAUCCGUGAAGACAAAUUAAUGAAAACCUUUUCCUUGACAUUUAUUUUGGGAGAAA